AUGGAAUCUGUAUCAGUGUCCCACCGUGUGGUAGAGCUAAUCAUGGAGAGACUUCCGGUGAAGUCUUUGCUGAGUUUUAAGGCUGUGUCAAAGAAAUGGAAAUCAACGAUCCGAAUCCCGGUCCUUCCAAGAAAAACAGUUGAAGCAUCGUCAGCAGUUUGGAGAUCAAGAUGUUCUCAUGGUGUUGUCAAAUUCUCUAAGAACACUUGUGUUUGGUUCAUCAUCAUCAUCAUCGGCCAAGAUCCCUUGGGGAAAAGAACCUUACUUAGUUUGUCAGAAUAGCGUGGACGGCCUUGUUUGUUGGUAUGAUUCUCACAAACCUGGUUUUGUAGUCAACCCCACAACUGGAUAGUAUCGGCCUCUUCCUCUAUUAAGAUUACAACAACUCAUUAUCGACUUAGGAUACGGUUACUUCAAGCUUGGACCCGCAAACUUCAAGCCUGGGUUCGGUUAAAGACGAGUUUACAGGAACACACAAGCCUGUUUGGCUCUAUAACUCUUUUGAAAUAGGCUUAGAGAAUGAUACUACGUGUGAAGUUUUCGAUUUUAGCACCAACUCUUGGAGGUAUGUCACACCCUCUGCUCUUUGUCAGAUUAUUGGAGGUUACCCUACUCCUGUGUUUGUAGAUGGAUCACUUGA